CCAACAAAGGCACGUCAUAAUCGCGGAAGCAACUCAUUCAGCCGAUUUUUGUGUUUAGCUUCAAAAUUUCGUAGUUUUAUUUACGAUUAUUACUAGGUUUAUGAUUAGUUCGAUCGGUGAGCGGUCAGCUAAAUCGAACCGCAAAUGCAGUGUCGCUUUUGUCCAUCCUGCAAAGAAAGCGGCGUAGGAACGGAAGAUGCUGCUGGUGGCGGCGACUACAUCUCCCUCCACGAACCGGCUGAUUUCGCAAAUGGCAUUCCUUUGGCGGAAGUUGUACUCGAACUAUGCUCCGGUCCAGCACCGAAUGAGGACGACAAGGAUGCCGACGUUGGUCCACAACAGAUCUGCACGGAGCGGUGUCUUCCGAGGUUGAGGGAUUGUUUCCUGUUCCGGCAGCAGGUUCGCCAGGCAGAGGAACGGUGGAGGACAAAUGAGAAGAUCAAUCUGAAAAUUGAAAUCUACGACAACGAGGAUGGCAGCAGCGAGUACGAGACGGAAUUUCUCGUUUACGAAGAGGAGGUUCAGGGGGAAGCUGAAUCCGUACAAGGAAGCAAGGAUGAAGCGGAGAGUUUUGUGCUACCCCCGAAGGAGAUGAUUCGAACUCGUUUGGAGUACAACAACUUCGAUUACAUUGAGUUUGAAGGUGAAAAGUGCUGCGGAUGUGAGGCAUUUUUGGCGAGUAGGGAAGAUUUGGAAGCGCACGUGGAGAAAGUACAUCGGAAUUGUGAUCAGACAGGCGAAGGCCGAGAAUGGCACUGUUCGACGUGUGGAAAGGGCUAUGACGGCGAGGGAGACUUGGGAAAGCACCAGCAGCAGUUUCAGUCGAAGCAUAUUUUCCUCUGCAAACUGUGCUUGGCGGGAUUUUACUGGAAGGAUGAAUUUAUGGCUCACGUGGAUGACCAUCAACGGGAAGACGAUGAGUACGAACCGAGCAGUUCAACAAGCCAUGCAGAGUUGGAUGAACGGCCGACUACCGACGGUGACGACGAUGUUCAAAUGAAGGACAAAGUUGAUCGCAAACGGCAUGGGCAGCGAUUUUUGUCCAAACUUCCGGACCAGAGCCUCCUAAGUUCGGUGGACGAUUACGAGCAGUAUCAGAUCAUUCACGUGGACGACGCAGAACGGUGCUGCGGAUGCGGAGAGUACUUUGGGUCUUUCGAACAGCUGAUGGACCACGCUCGGCAGAAACAUCAGAGUGGACAAGAAGUGACGGAAAACGGAACAUUUUGCGAGAUUUGCUUCGAAACUUUUAAGGCCCCUUGGGCUCUGAAUGCUCACAAGUCGCACUGCCGCUACGUCAAAGAGCUGUUCUACUGCAAACUGUGCCAAGCUGUCUACGUAAAAAAGUUCCAUCUGAUGAAACAUUUUGCGAGUACGCCUGGUCAUACGGCUAUCACUGGAAUUGUGAACAAUUCCGAGGCUGUAGCAACUUCAGAACCACCUGCAGAGGUCAAAACCAAAUUCUGCUGCUGCUUCUUGAAGUGUUCUGAAAUGUUCAAAACAGAGAAGGAUCUCCUCAUACACGUAGACGAAUUCCACGCCCCACGACGCCAACUAAACAAAACCGAACGUCCUAGCGAGAGCCACGUCUGCUCUGUCUGCGAGCGAUCUUUCGCAUCCCGGCAUCUUCUCAUUCUGCACCGGAAUCGUUCCGCCAUGAAAAAGCACAUGUGCAGCUUCUGUGCCGAAUCUUUCAUCCUUCCCAGCAAGCUGCGGGAACACGAACUCCUCUUCCACUCCGGACCGGCUCCUGCGCAUUCCUGUGACGUCUGCGACAAAUCCUUCCGCACCAAACAUCUGCUCAAAUCCCAUCGGCAAACACACGACCAGGAGCGGAACUUCCCCUGCGACCAAUGCUCGGCCGUCUUCCGAGUUCGGCCGCAGCUCACAAAGCACAUCCGCGGCGUUCACCCAACGUGCUUCCCCUACCAUUGCGCAUUCUGCGAGAAGAAAUUCUCCACAAAACCGAAACAUGACCUGCAUCUACGGUCCCACACGGGGGAGAAGCCCUAUCCCUGCCGGUACGACUGCUGCGAGCGACAGUUUGCCCACGUCAGCGACCGGAAGCGACACGAGAUGGCCGUGCAUACGAGCGAACGGCCCUACCAGUGUGAGCAGUGCCCGGCGGCGUACAUCCGGAAGCGAGAGUUGGUGGUGCACCAGCAGAGACAUAGGAUACGGGUGGCAAAUAUCGGGAAUGUGGUGGAAGGUUAGAUAUUGUGUCCG